CUCAUUUCAAAGCCCCCUUUUUCCCCUUUGCCGUCUGACGAGACUCUCACGACAUCGUUUCUCUAUCUCUCUCUCUGUCUAUCUGUCGACGUACAGCGCUCUGUAUCUCUAUACCUCGCCGUCCUCUUUCUCUCUCUAAACAUUUAUCGUCUUCUCUCUCUAGACGCCGGAAUUCGGGAACAUUUCUCAGGCUUCUUCAGGUUUCGCGUCUCUGUAUGUAUAUGUGAAGGCUUUUUCAUCAGCUGAUUGAAGCUAUAAAUAAAAAGAUUCCGUGGGAUUAAACGAUCUAGGGUUUUGUAUUUCUUCAAUCCAUCCCGGUGAUUGAGUUGUCAAGGGUUCAGGUUGAUUUAUUAAUGGGGAUGUCUCGUAGAUUGUCUUAUCUUUAUCUUUAUUAGAGUGAAAAGCUGGAAAAGGAAUUUGGAAGAUUUUGAUGCUUGAAAUUGGGGUAUUGUAUGGUAUGAAAAUUGGGGAAAAUGCGAAAAACCACAUUUUAUUAUGCAUGGGAGGGUUCAUCGGGGUGGCAGGAGCUGUAGGAGUUUAGAGAGGAGUUGCGGUCAGCACAUGCGGUCAGUCCUACCAUUGGCAACUACCAACGACGCUGUAGUUCUUGCCGGUGAUAGUCAUACUCAUCGUGAUUCUUCUAUCACCACCUCUAUCAACAGCGAUUCAUUCUUCAAGGGCGGUCGCAAAAUUAGGGUUGGUGAUUGUGCUCUUUUCAAGCCCCAAAAGGAUUCUCCUCCUUUCAUUGGUUUAAUUCGUUGGUUGGCAUUGGACAAGGAGAAUAAUUUGCAGCUAGGUGUGAAUUGGCUCUAUCGAUCAUCUGAGCUCAAGCUCGGGAAAGGAACUUUGUUGGACAGUGCACCCAACGAGAUUUUCUAUUCCUUUCAAAAAGACGAAGUUCCUGCUGCAUCUCUACUCCAUCCUUGUAAAGUUGCAUUUCUUCCUAGAAGUGUUGAGCUUCCCAUUGGAACAUCCUCUUUCAUUUGUCGGCGUGCCUAUGAUAUUGCAAACAAGAGUUUGUCGUGGCUAACAGAUCUGCAGCUCGUUAAUGACCAGCAAGAGGAAGUAGAUCAACUUUUGUUCAAAACAAGGUCAGAAAUGCAUCAGACUUUGCAGCCUGGUGCUCGUUCUCCUAAGCAAAAUAAUGGUCCUACUUCAACCUCGCAACUGAAACAGGGGUCUGAUAAUGGCCCGAAUAGUGCUAAUGCUCCUUCGCAAGCCAAAGGAAAAAAGAGGGAAAGAGGUGAUCAUGGUUCCGAUACUGUCAAACGCGGACGUUCUGCACGGCCUGAUGAUGGUGAUUCUGUUCAGUCCAAAACUGAAAGUGACUUAAAACAUGAGAUUGCAAAAAUAACAGAAAAAGCUGGCGUGGUAGAUUUGGAUGGGGUUGAGAAGCUUGUGCAGUUGAUGCAAUUAGAUACGCCGGAGAGAAAAUUGGAUUUGGGUAGCCGGUCCAUGCUUGCCUAUGUAUUAGCUUCCAUUGAUAAUGUUGAUUGCCUCAGUCGGUUUGUCCAUCUGAGAGGUUUGCCUGUGCUUGAUAGUUGGCUGCAGGAUAUUCACAAAGGUAAAAUUGGUGAUGGUAAUAACUCAAAAGAUGGUGAUAAAUCAGUGGAAGAAUUUCUUCUUAUUUUACUUCGUGCGCUUGGUAAAAUUCCUGUGAAUCUCCAAGCCCUUCAAACAUGCAACAUAGGCAAAUCUGUGAAUCAUUUACGAUCCCAUAAAAACAUGGAAAUUCAGCGAAAGGCACGAACGUUAGUCGAUACCUGGAAGAAACGCGUUGAAGCUGAAAUGAUUAACAUCGAUGUGCAGUCUGGUUCAACUCAAGGUGGAUCUCCUUGGCCAUCCAAAUCACGCCUUCCAGAGGCUUCUCAUGGUGGUAACAGAACUCCAGAUGGUGCCAUGAAAAGCUCCCUUACUCAGAACUCUUCAGCAAAAACUAGUUCUGGGAGGUCCUCACCUGGAGAGAGUGGUAACAAGCAUGCAUCGUCAUCUCUUGGGCCAGUAAAACCGGCUCCAACCCUUGCCUCUGGAAAGGAGAGCCAGCUGAGAGGUUCUGGGCGAGGCACUGUUGAUGCCCCUCAAAUUAGGGAGGAUAGGAAUAGUAGUUCUAACCAGUCUCAUAAUAAUGGUCAGUCUUUGUCAGUGAAGGAUGACAUUGAGAGUUCUGCCUCACUUGCAGCAACUGCUAAUAAGACAUUGAGCACUAGUACUCGUAAUCGGAAACAUACUGGUUUUCCGGGAGCAUCAGCAUCUACUGGUCAGAAAGAAACCAGCUCUAGCAGAAGUUCUCCUGUGCACAAGAAUACUGCUUUAGAGAAGUCGUCUUACCCUGCAACAACUGGUGAAAGGAUUGUUGAGGGGCCCAUAAGUGAAGGCAUUAGCCAUAAGCUAAUUGUUAAGAUACCAAACCGCGUGAGAAGUCCUGCACAAGGGGUUUGUGGAGAUUCUCUGGAAGAUCCUAUGAUCAUGAGCAGCCAUGCAUCUCCUGUUAAGAAACACAAGCAAUCUGAUACUUCUUCAAAAGACAAGGGUGAAACAAAUGAUGUGAACAAUGAUCAGGAACAUUCAUCGACUGGUUCGGAGUGUGCUGGAUCACCUGCAGUUCCUCCUGAAGAUGGGCAAAGCAUGGCCACUGAUGCUUCCAAGAGAUUGAAUGAAGUUCCUGCAUCAGACAAAUUGAAAUCUAUAAAAUCACAAGCAUCUUCUUUCAGCCCCAUGAAUGCUCUUGUCGAGAGCUGUGCCAAGUACUCAGAAGCUACUUCGUCAUUGUCUCUUGAUGAUGAUGGUGGCAUGAAUUUGCUUGCCAGUGUGGCUGCAGGGGAAAUUUCAAGAUCUGAUGUUUCCCCCAAUGAUUCUAUCGAAAGGGCGACAGCUGCUGUGGAGGAAGUUUGCUCUGGUGUUGAGACAAAAUCUAAGUCUUCUUCUAAAGAUUAUUCAGCAGGAGUGCAGAAUGAGGUUUACAAUGAUGGAUGUGAUGGUAAGAAACAGGCUGUUCUGAACUGUUGCUCUGGGCCGGAUGCAUUUUCGAGUGGCAGUAAAGACAUUGACUCUUCCUUCAUGAAAUUAAGAAGCAAUACCGACCCCAAGAGCGGAAUUGGUGGUAUGAUGACUGAAGAAAAGGACAAUACUAAUUUGGUUAGUGGUGAUUGUAAGCUAAUUUCUGGUGAUACGGUAUCUAAGGCACUAGAAGAAGGCAACAGCAACAAGUAUAAGGAUGAAGGAUUGAACAUGGCAUCUGUAUCUUUGCUGAAACAGACUUCUACAGUUGCUGAGCCUGUAUUUGCGGACAAGGCUAGUAAUAAAUGCCUGGAUCAACUUGAAUUUGGCCAGAAGUCGGUGCCCGAAGCUGGUGUUUUAGCCAAAGUCGUAGAGCUCGGUGAAAAAGAUGCUGUGGGCAAGUCAGAAAGAGUGAAAUCUGAUAACGAUUUGGAGACGUCUCAUGAUCUGAACAGUCGCUGUGAACUGGCCAGUCUAGAGCACCAGGAGAUUGCCGAGCAUUCACUUCCUGAGAGUCAGUGCCCAGGUUCUAUGAGGCAUGAAGCUCAGAAGGACGAGUUGUGUGAAAACAGAUCUGCUUCAACCAGUAAACAUGACCGUUCUAAUACAGGAAAGUCUGCAUCUACUGGUACUGGUUCUGCUUGUUCCACUUAUUCUGGAGCAGCCGAACCUUGUGAAAAAAUGAAGUUUGACUUAAAUGAAGGUUUUAGUGAUGAUGAUGGGAAAUAUGAGGAGUCUGUCACUUUAUCAUCAACUGUUCAGAAUGUUAAAUCUUUACCAUCUCCUUUGAGUUCUAUUCCCCUUGGUUAUUCUGCCUCCAUUACUGUAGCUUCUGCUGCCAAAGGCAACUUUUCUCCUCCGGACGAUCUAUUGAGAAGUAAAGUGGAACUUGGAUGGAAGGGGUCUGCUGCCACUAGUGCAUUUCGUCCUGCGGAACCCAGAAAAGUUGUUGAAACGGCAGUUGGCACAUCUAAUUCAUCUUAUGCUGAUGCUUCAACCAGUAAACAUGACCGUUUUCCUUUGGAUAUUGAUCUCAAUGUACCAGAUGAAAGAGUUCUGGAGGAAUUGGCUUCUCGAGGAUCCGCUUUGGCUUUUGAGUCAACUACUCAUCCGUCAAGUAAUUGUGCCUCGUUGCUAAGUGAAGCAUCGGGUUCAAUGCAACGGAGUUCUGGUGUGCUGGAUCUCGAUUUGAAUAGGGCCGAUGAGGCAAAUGAUAUUGUGCAUUUUUCUACUAGCAGCAAUCAUCACGUCGAGACUCCCUUUGCGCACGUCAAACCAGUGAGUAAUUUACAUAUUCAGAGGGAUUUCGAUCUAAACAAUGGACCUACAAUUGAUGAUGCUAGUGUAAGGCAGUUCUCAGUCAGUCAUUCAGUCAAGGGUGGUGCAGCUGCACAACUGCCUUCUGCUGGCCUCACAAUGAGCAAUCAAGGGCCAAACAGCUUCACAUCUUGGUUUUCUCCAGGGAAUACUUACUCAACAGUAGCAAUACCAUCGGUAUUACCUGACCGAGGGGAACAUUCAUUUUCUGUUUUCCCACCUGGUGCGCCCCAAAGAUCAUUUGGCCCUGGUGGUGUUGCCCAAUUCAAUCGUGAUGUGUACCGUGGAUCUGUGCUGUCAUCUUCUCCUGCAGUGCCUUACCCAUCUGGUCCAUUCCAGUACCCUGUAUUUUCUUUUGGGGCCACUUUUCCUCUCCCUUCAGGCACUUUUUCAGUUGGAGGUAAUUCGUAUCCGGAUUCCUCUUCUGGUGCAAGGAUUUUUCCACCUUCAAUGAAUUCACAAUAUCUGGGACCUGAUGGUAAUGUCGUACCCCAAUUUCAGAGGCCUUUUAUGGUUGGCCUUCCUGAUGUGAACAAUAAUGGUGUGUUGGAUAGCAACAGGAAGUGGAACAGACAGGGUCUGGAUCUUAAUGCUGGACCUGGCGCCAUUGAAGGUGAAGUGAAGGAAGAGAAUUUGCCUCACUUGUCUGGCCAACAGUCUGUUUCCAGUUUUCAAGCUCUUGCGGAGGAGCAGUCUCGUAUGUUCUCAGUUUCAGGUGGUAUUCUGAAAAGAAGGGAGCCUGAUGGUGGCUGGGACAAUGAGCCCGCCAGACGUAGGCAUUCUUCGUGGCAGUAG